AUGCCCGAACCGGCCAAAUCAGCUCCCGCCCCCAAGAAGGGCUCUAAGAAAGCGGUGACCAAGACCCAGAAAAAGGGCGACAAGAAGCGGCGACGCAGCCGUAAAGAGAGCUACUCCAUCUACGUCUACAAGGUGCUGAAGCAAGUCCACCCCGACACCGGCAUCUCCUCUAAGGCCAUGGGGAUCAUGAACUCGUUCGUCAACGACAUCUUCGAGCGCAUCGCGGGGGAGGCUUCGCGCCUGGCUCAUUACAACAAGCGCUCCACCAUCACCUCCCGGGAGAUCCAAACCGCCGUGCGGCUCCUCCUGCCCGGCGAGCUGGCCAAGCACGCCGUCCCCGAGGGCACCAAGGCGGGGACCAAAUACACCCGCUCCAAGCGGCUGCGUCCCGGCUGCGGGAACCCGCUCGGCUCGGCUCGACUCGGCUCGGCUCGACUCAACCCAACGGCUCUUUUCAGAGCCACCCACUUUCUCACCAAAGAGCUGAUACUGCUGCUGAAACGCUAG